CCCAGCGAGGCUUUUCCGAGGCAAAACGGCGAAGACACCAUGAAGCAGCUGCCAGUCUUGGAGCCUGGAGACAAGCCCAAGAAAGAAACAUGGUAUACCUUGACUCUCCCUGGAGACAGCCCCUGUGCUCGAGUUGGCCAUAGCUGCUUAUAUUUACCCCCAGUUGGUGAUGCCAAGAGAGGGAAGAUCUUCAUUGUUGGGGGAGCAAAUCCAAACAGAAGCUUCUCAGAUGUGCACACCAUCGAUCUGGGAACACACCAGUGGGAUUUGGCCACGUGUGAGGGCCUCUUGCCCCGGUAUGAGCAUGCCAGCUUUAUUCCCACCUGCACACCCAACAGGAUCUGGGUAUUUGGAGGUGCCAACCAAUCAGGAAAUCAAAAUUGUCUACAAGUCCUGAAUCCUGAAACCAGGACUUGGACCACACCAGAAGUGACCAGUCCACCACCAUCCCCAAGAACAUUCCACACAUCAUCGGCAGCCAUUGGAAACCAGCUCUAUGUCUUUGGGGGCGGAGAGAGAGGUGCCCAGCCUGUGCAGGAUGUGAAGCUGCAUGUGUUUGACGCAAAUACUCUGACCUGGUCACAGCCAGAGACACUUGGAAAUCCUCCAUCUCCCCGGCAUGGUCAUGUCAUGGUGGCAGCAGGGACAAAGCUCUUCAUCCAUGGAGGCUUGGCAGGGGACAAAUUCUAUGAUGAUCUCCAUUGCAUUGAUAUAAGUGACAUGAAAUGGCAGAAGCUAAGCCCCACUGGGGCUGCUCCAGCAGGCUGUGCUGCCCACUCAGCUGUGGCUGUGGGGAAACACAUAUACGUCUUCGGUGGAAUGACUCCCACUGGAGCACUGGACGUGAUGUAUCAAUAUCACAUAGAAAAGCAGCAAUGGACCUUGCUUCAGUUUGAUACUUUCCUACCCCCUGGACGAUUGGACCAUUCCAUGUGUGUCAUUCCAUGGCCAGUGAUGUGUACUCCUGAGAAAGAAGAUUCAAAUUCUGUCACUCUGAACUGUGAAGCUGAGAAAGGGAAUUCAGCCAACAAAGGAGUAACCCAGAGAGGUGACUCACGUGAGGAAAGCCAGACUGAUGUGUUGCUCUGUUUUGUGUUUGGUGGGAUGAAUACAGAAGGGGAAAUCUAUGAUGAUUGUAUUGUGACUGUAGUUGACUAAUAAAACCUACACUUUUAUUCUGUCA